AUGGCGAAGACAAAAGACACCACCUCCAAGCCAAAGGACCUCAAGGAGAGCAUCAGCGAAGACGUACAGAUGUCCGAACAAGCUACACCAAAGAAGAGUGCCGACAAGGACAAGAAAAAGCGCAAGAGUUCAUCCGAGGAAUCGGAAGAAGUGACAAAGAGCAAGAAGCGGAGGCAUAGCAACGAGGCCGAAGAUGAAGCCGACGCCGUGACGGAGGAACCCACAAAGAAAAAGAAGAAGGAGAAGAAGGAGAAGAAAGAGAAGAAAGACAAGAAAAAGAGAGUCUCGUUUGGUCCUGGGACCAAGAUUGAAGACGGGUCCGGAGAUGAUAGCGAUGCCGACAACGAAGCCGAUGCCGACGCGGAAGCUGAAGCCCCAUCAAAUGCUGAAGCCAAUGACUCUGACUCCGACUCCGACUCCGAUUCUGACAGCAGCGACACAGUCACUACCGACCCAGCACAGCAAUUGCAAGCCGAAAAUGAGGAGGCGUUAGAGGAGAUGCGCAAGCGCAAGCGCGAGAAUAAGAAGGCAAAGAAGAACAAGGAUUCCUCCUCAAGCUCCGCGCCAUCAUCAUCUUCCGCCGCUACGCAACAUUUCCAUGAAACACCUGUCAUGUCCUAUCUGAGCCACUACCACCACGACCGUUCAUCGUGGAAGUUCCAGAAGAACCGCGAGACAAACCUUUUCAAGCACCUUUACUCUGAGGAACACGUUCCUUCUCGCUAUAACAUUGCGCUUUUGUCAUACCUGAAGGGACUAAAGGGUGAUGCGGCAAAGGCGAGAUUGAGUCAGGGCGCAGUCGAGGUUCUGAAGGCCGAUAUUGAGGCCGCGCAGAAGGACGGAAAAGAGGAGGAUCCCAAGUUCCAGGAGGCUUUGGAUACGCUUCGGGAUUUGUUUGCCAGUGCCGGCCCAGAGCUGAACACUGUGGGAGUUCAAAAAUUGAAGGCGGAUGCGAGAAAGCGUCUUCAGAAGAGAGUGCGCGCAGAGCUUGUCUUCUUUGCUGUCUGCGAUGAGCUAUUUGACAUCGCGACAUCUGUCCCCAAGAAGAUGCCUGUCAAGGUUGUUGAGGUUGUUGAGGAGGCCCCGGCCCCGGUCAACAAGAAGAGAAAGAACCGUACUGCUGUUGUCGAAAUCUCGAGCAGUGAGAGUGACAGUGACGAUACAUCUAGCUCCGGCUCGGACAGUGAUGAUGAGAAGCCAGCCGUCGCCAAGCGCCAACCUAGGGUCCAACCCAAGAUGACCGUUACCAAACCCUCCACAUCUCAACCAUACUCGGGUAACAACGAGAAAAAGAUUGAAGCCCCUACUGGUAUUUCCAAGACCAAGGCAGCUGCAGCACUCCUGAAGGAGAAGAAGGAGAAGAAGGCUGCUUUGAGAAAGGAAAAGAAGCUGGCACCCGCACCUGAGCUACCAGCCCCAGGUAAAAACAAGAAGAAGCAAAAGCGAAAGCUCAGAACUGCUGAGAUUGAAAUCUCGAGUAGUGAGGAUAGCGACUAG